UCUCCUAUCCCUCUAGGCUGUCUCUGGAGCUCUGCCCAUAAUCACAGUUGCAGCCUCCAGGAGGAGAUGCCAUGACCUUCACCUUCACAGCCCUGCUCUGUCUGGGACUGACUCUGGGCCUGGGGACCCCAGUGCUGGCAGAGGCCCUCCCUAAACCUAUCCUCAAGGUACAGCCAGACUCUGUGGUCUACAAGCAGACUACAGUAACCUUCUUGUGUGAGGGGACCAGAGGAGCCAAGCAGUACAUACUCUAUAAAGAGGGAUACGGAUAUCUACGGAGUACAGAGAUUCCACAGAAUCCUAAGAAAAAGGCUGAAUUCUCAAUCUCAAAAAUAGACCCCAACCAUGCAGGGCAAUAUCAAUGUUGCUAUCAGACUCAAGAUGGAUGGUCAGAGUUCAGUGACUCCCUGGAGCUGGUGGUGACAGGAGCACACAGUAAACCCAGCCUGUCAGCCCAGCCCAGCCCUGUGGUAACUGAGGGAGGACAUGUAACCCUCCAGUGUGUCUCAAAGCAACGAUACUACAGGUUCAUUCUGACUGGGAAAGGAACACGGAAUAUCUCCCAAAUGCUGGAUUCAAAGUAUAACUACUCUAUUCAGCACUACCAGGCCAUGUACUCUGUGGGCCCUGUGACCUCCAGCCAAAGGUGGACAUUCCAAUGCUACAGCAAUUACCCGAGUAGCCCACUGGUGUGGUCAGAACCUAGUGACCCUCUGGAGCUCCUCUUCUCAGGGACCCUCCACAAACCCACCAUCAAGGCUGAGCCAGGCUCUGUGGUCACCUCAGGAAGUCCCAUGACCAUCUGGUGUCAGGGGACCCUGGAUGAAGAAAUAUAUGUUCUGCAUAAAGAAGGAAGCGAAAAACACUUAGGCACACAGUCCCCAGAGAAGCCUGAGAACAAGGCCAAGUUCUCCAUCCCUUCUGUGACACAGCAACAUGGGGGACAAUAUCGCUGUUACUGUUACAGUUCAGCUGGCUGGUCAGAGCCCAGUGACACCCUGGAACUGGUGGUGACAGGAAGCUACAUUAAUAAACCCAGUCUGACAUUCCUGCCCAGCCCUGUGGUGACUUUAGGAGAGAACAUGACCCUACAGUGUGUCUCAAAGGAGGGAUAUGAUAAAGUCAUUCUCACCAAGGAAGAUCAGAAGUUCCUCAGCUCUCUGAACUCACAGUUUAUACACAGUAUUAUGCAGUGGCAAGCCUUGUUCUCUAUAGAUCAUGUAACAUCAGACCACAAAGGGACAUUCAGAUGUUAUGGUUACUACAACCAAACUCCACAUUUGUGGUCAGUACCCAGUGAACCCCUGGAAAUACACAUCUCAGGUGAGUCAGCACCAUCAUUGACCAAUUCUGUCCCACUGGGCCGGUCCAAGAAGCCCUCUUUGCUGACUCACCAAGGCCAUAUCCUGGAACCUGGAAAGACCCUCACCCUGAAGUGUUGUUCUGACACCAACUAUGACAGAUUUGCUCUGUACAAGUUAGGUGAAGCUGACUUCACCCAGCAUCGUGUCCAGUGGACCCCUAGUGGCCUCUUCUUGGCCAACUUCACACUGGGCCCUGUGAGCAGCUCUACUGGAGGCCAAUACAGAUGCUAUGGUGCACACAACCUCUCCUCUGAGUGGUCAGCCUCCAGUGACCCCCUGGACAUCCUGAUCACAGGACAGUUUCAGGUCAUUCCUUCCCUCUCAGUGAAGCCUAACUCCACAGUACACCCUGGAGACAAUGUGACCCUGCUGUGUCAGUCAGCACACAAAGUGGACACUUUCAUUCUGUCCAAGGAGGGAACAGCCCAACAACCCCAGCGACUAAAAUCAAAGUCUGAAGCUCGGGAGUUCCAGGCAGAAUUCUCCAUGAGUGCUGUGACCUCUGACCUCUCAGGCACCUACAGGUGCUAUGGAUCUCAGGAUUCAUCUCCCUUCCUGUUGUCAUAUGCCAGUGACCCUGUGGAGCUCACGGUCUCAGCAACAUUCCCCACUCAUGAUGUCACUUGUGUCUCAGGACUGGAAGGGUACCUGAAGGCUCUGGUUGGAGUCUCUGUGGCCUUCCUCCUGUUCCUCUUCACCCUCAUCUUCCUCCUUCUCCGACGAAGGCAUCAGGGAAAAUUCAGGAAGGAUGAGAUACCCAAGGGAACAGGGAGACACUGUCUGUCCCUCACUACUCCCCUGCUACAGAGACCAGCUGAGGGAGACCCCCAGGGAGAGACAUAUGCCCAGGUGAAAGGCUCCAGGGUCAGGAGGGCAGGAGCUGUCCUUCCUUCUGUCAUGUCAAGAGAAGUCCUGGACACCAAAGAUGGACAAGCAGAAGAUGACAGAGAGAUGGACACUCAGGCUGCUGAAUAUGAGGAGCCCCAGGAUGUGACCUAUGCCCAGCUGUGCAUCAGGUCACUCAGAGAGGGAACAGCUGCACCUCCUCCCUCCCAGGCAGGAGAAGCCCCAGAAGAGUCCACUGUAUAUGCUGCUCUGGCAGUCACUCAACCGGGUUCUGUUCCCAGUAACAAGGAGCAAUGACCCUCGGCCUGCUGGGAGACCUAAGAAUGAUCUUCAAGGGAUUUUGUGAACUUUUGGGAACCUGAUUGUAUUUUAACUAACUUCAUACAUUUUGGAAAU